UGAGGCUGGAGGAAGAAGGGGAUGUCAAGAACUGUUCUCUAGAGACUGGACGGAGGAGACCUGGGUUCAAAUUCUGCUCAAAAUCACUGUGUGAUCUUGGCCGAGUCAGCCCGUCUCCGGACCUCAGUUCCCUCAUCUGCAGAAUGGGACCAAUACCUGCCCCUCCCAUUUUACAGAACAAGCGCUUUGCAAAGCCCUUUAAAAACUCGAACUCCCAAUAUGAUUGCCAUUCCUGUUAAACUGGGAAAAUAACUCCUACCUCCGAGAUUAUGAGAUCAAAAUACGUGCAAAGUGCUCAGCACAGUGCCUGGCACACAGUAAGCGAUAUCUAAACGUUAACUAUGAUUAGGAUAAAAUGAGAUCACGUUUGUAAAGCAGUUUGCAACCUUAAAAGCACACCAUAAAUCCUUGCUAGGAUUAUUUUUAUCAUUCGACGUUGCACCCUGCCUCCUUGGCCCCAUCUCCAGCGGCCCCUGCCCUGAUGCUGCAUGCACUCCCACACUGCCCUAAUCUCCCUUUCUGCGUCCCAGUGGUCCCAGGCUGCGCUCUCAAAGGAGAUGGAGAUGGCUGCGCUGGGAGCAGGACCCGAGUUAUCUACUGCGCCUGCUCAAGUCAGCAAUUCCCUGAGCACCCGACCCAAACCUCUGUGUCAGGAGAUUCGGCUCCCCCUCCACGACCAUCCCCAUCAAGAUGCCCUUGACUAUCCUGUUCCUGCCCAUCUUCCUGAUUGGAGCCUUGGAGACCAGACAAUAGUAGCAGAAGCUUUGCCAGCCAAGCUCCAGGCAUCUCUGAUGUUCAAGGAUGUGGCUGUGUACCUCACCCAGGAGGAGUGGGGCUGCCUUGGCCCUGCCCAGAGGGGCCUCUAUAGGGAUGUGAUGCUGGAGAAUUAUGGGAAUCUAGUCUCAUUGGGUAAGGCUUCUCCCUGA